ACAAUUAACUUUGUCACCUCGAUCCACCAUGCUUGAAAAAGAACAAGAACAGGCCUGAUGAUUCGCUCACCUACUUGCAACUCCCCAGUUUCCCAGAAGCCAGCCAGACUGCCAUGUUUGUUUGUCCUUCUCGAUCAGCUCCUGAAAUGCAAGCAGCUGUAUUGGCAAUAAAAAUUUCCAUGUGCAGCAAAUUGGAGCAUGAACCUUCCUUGAAUGUUUCUUGGACCAAGUGACGUUCCUCUUAAUUUAAUAGCUCCGGUUAGGAGUAUCUUAGUUGCCUUACCUCGUCAUGUCAUGCAUCAGCAAACCAAAGUUCUGCAUCUCUCUGCUUCGUCCUUUGGUUCUCCUCCAUGGGAGGACUUGUCCCUCUCCUCUCCCUGCUCUGCUGCCUCACCUUUCUUCUCCAAGAAGCAGCUCCCGCGACGUUCACCAUAACCAACAGCUGCGACUACACGGUGUGGCCGGGCAUCCUCUCCAACGCUGGCGCCCCGCCGCCGUCCACGACCGGCUUCGCGCUGCCCCCGGGCCAGUCCCUCGCGGUCACCGUCGCCUCCGUGUGGUCCGGCCGCAUCUGGGGCCGGACGCUCUGCUCCACGGACUCCUCCGGCACCUUCUCCUGCGCCACCGCCGACUGCGGCUCGGGCGCCGCCGAGUGCUCCGGCCGCGGAGCCGCGCCGCCGGCCACCCUGGCGGAGUUCACGCUCGCCGGCGGCACCGGCGGGGACGACUUCUACGACGUCAGCCUCGUGGACGGCUUCAACGUGCCCAUGCUCGUCGCGCCGCAUGCGCCGGCGCCGGCGCCGGCCAACGGGAGCUGCCAGGCCACGGGGUGCCCCGCGGACGUGAAUAGGGCGUGCCCCGCGGAGCUGCGCGUGGCGGCGCCGCCGCCCGCUGCGGCGGCGGCGGCGGUGGCGUGCCGGAGCGCGUGCGAGGCGUUCGCGGAGGCCGAGUACUGCUGCAGCGGCGCGUAUGGGUCCCCCGCGGCGUGCGCGCCGACGCCCUACUCGCGGUUCUUCAAGGCCGCGUGCCCGGCCGCCUACAGCUACGCGUACGACGACGCGACGUCGACGUUCACCUGCGCGGCGGCCGGCGGCGGCUACGACGUCGUGUUCUGCCCCGGCACGUCCAGGCUAAAAUCUGGCGGGAAUCCCGAGGCGGCGGGCCUGCCACCCUCCAACCCAACGAUGGAGUUCUCCGGAGAUGCAGGCAGCAGCCUUGUGACAAGCAGGAACACCGUGGUUGCCCUCCUCAUGGCCAUCGUCUCGCUGACAUCGAUGCGAUGGUGCUGAUCUUAUGCAUAAACCUUAGCAAGAUUUGAAGAGAUAACUUCCUUUUGUAGGAGAAAUGGAACAGAUAUUAUUUUCUUCGAAGAGCUCGGAAUUGUAGCUGUAGAUUUCAGAGCUUUGAACACUAGUCAGAACUGAGCGACGGCAUCUUUGGUAGGUAGGUUCACCCAAUUGUCUUUUAUUUGCCGUAGUAUUAAUCAUGAAAUUAAGGUGAGUUGAGGUGCAUCAAAGCAGAUCGUAGCAGAGAUGAAGCGUCCUGAUGCGGUGCGCGGCUUGCGGCGAAAGUCGGCAUGGCCGGUGGUUUCGAGAGUUGUCCGAGGAGCGCCCUCCGAUGGGUGUGCGUCCACGGCGGCGGGCGUAGCCGGGCCGGCGUCGUUCGGUCGCUGGGCAGCCAGCGGAAGCCUCCUGCUCCUGUGAGAGCGGAAGCCUGGGGCGAAGUUCAGACGUCAGCGGCAUAGCCUUGUUGGCGUCCACGGCGACGGGCGCAGCCGGACCGGCGUCGUUGGGCGCAAGCUAGCUAGCCAGCAACGAGCGGAGGCCUCCUGGUGCUGCUCCUGUGAGAGCGGAAGCCGGAGGCCAAGCUUGCCUCUUCUCGGAGUCGUCGUGGUGUCCAGGGGCGCGUGGUUGCUCCGGCGAUGUCAGCCGGGUGCCCGGACGGGUGGUGGCGAGUGGCAGCCCGACCAAGGGGGUGGACGGUAAAUGAAACACCGUCCACCCUGGAUUCUCUCACAGCCGUUGGAUGGGGCAUGUGCGACUCAGAUUGCGGCUAAUAAUAACAAACGGAGACACCUUUCUUCUA